GAAACGCGGCGCUGAUUGGGCGGUGGGUGGCCGGUAGGGGCGGGGCCGCCAGCGGGCUGUGGGGGCGACAAGAUGGCGGCGGAGACCGUGGAGCUCCAUAAGCUGAAGUUGGCUGAACUGAAGCAGGAAUGUCUGGCCCGUGGCCUGGAAGCAAAAGGCAACAAGCAGGAUCUGAUCAACCGGCUCCAGGCGUACCUGGAGGAGCACGCUGAAGAAGAAGCAAAUGAAGAAGACGUCCUGGGAGAAGAAAUCGAGGAAGAAGAGCAGAAGCCGGUAGAGCCACCCGUCAAAGUAGAAGAGCCUCCUGUGAAAUCGCCUGACGUGAUUACGGAAAAGAAGGUAGUGAAAAUAACGUCAGAAAUAUCGCAGAUGGAGCGAAUGCAGAAGAGGGCCGAACGCUUCAACGUGCCCGUGAGCCUGGAGAGCAAGAAGGCAGCGCGGGCAGCUCGGUUUGGUUUGGCCACAGUUUCGACUAAAGGCCUCUCUGCAGACAGCAAACCCACGGUAAACAUGGAUAAAUUAAAGGAAAGGGCUCAAAGAUUUGGGUUGAAUGUCUCCUCGCUCUCCAAGAAGAGUGAAGAAGACGAGAAACUGAAGAAGAGAAAGGAGCGGUUUGGCAUUGUAACGAGUUCAGCCGGGGCUGGAGCUACAGAGGACACAGAGGCAAAGAAGAGGAAAAGAGCAGAACGCUUUGGGAUCGUCUGAUGCCCGUCCUUUUUAGCUUCAGCCCAUUUGCAGUGUGCCUCUCGAGUGCGUGCAUACCCUUUCUCUCUCUUUCCCCCACUUUCUCUCACUCCCACACUGUUUCUCUAGGUUUUAGUGAUGAGUAGACAGGGAAUCCCCCGUAGUUGUAUGAUUGUGCUAUUUACGUUUUUUUCAAGUUACCAAGUUUAGAAAUGAAGAAAAGUUGAGCAAAAAGAAGAAACUGUUCUCAGCGCACCUCCCAUAGCCCGCAGUCCUGCGGUCCGGGGGCUUCCCAGCCGCCGGCGGGGUCCUCGCAGCGGCUCGCGCCGGAGGUACCGUGCGGCGGGGAGAGGGGGAGGGCGUCCCGGCGCCCUCCGAGUGCCGCUGGGAGGGUCACGCUCUGCCCGGCAGAUACGGGCGACGGAGCAGCGGCAGGAGCGCGCUGCCCGCUCUGCGAUGAGGAAGGGGAGCCGCUGAGGAAGGGAGAUGGAGCAGGGUUUGCUCUGCCCUCGGCAGCUGCUUUUCUAGUUUAAGGACUCGUGGUACGCUGCUGAAGCAAGGACCGGUGUGAAGUGUGUGUGUUUGCCAUCCGAUGCCGUCUCCACCUCUCGGGCUCCCUGGUCCCUCCUCGGCCCCGUGAGAGCGGGCCCCAAGCUUCAGCGCUCUUGUGGUCUCUCCCAGCAGCUGGGACGAGAACGCGCCUCGUCUCGAGAGCACGAUGCGUUACGCGAGUCCUGCUCUGGAUCUCCGCUGUCUUACCCCUGGCUCGUCUGAGAUCUGACGGGUUGAACGUCAGGGAGGGAUUUUCUCCCUUAUAUUGUCUCGUGUAUUCAAAAGUGGAAGCGGCGUGUGUGAUGGCCGACGCGUGGGGCAGUUUCGCGACUGCCUCCCUCCCCCGGGUGAGGCUAAUGGGGAUUGUCAGAGCAAGAAUUGCCGAUUAACCCUAGAUCAAGACCGGUGUCCUAAAACGAGGAGGAAAACGUAGCGGUGCAUUCGCAAACGGAGCCUGUUCCCACCGCUUCAUUUAUCCCGCCUUGUUAGGCCCUCUGCGGCUCGUGGCGUUUCACCCUCGUUUCCCAGGUUCCUCAAAGGUCAGUUGUACAUUUCCCUCCUUAAACGACAAACCAGCAGAGUCGCUUUGUCCCGUGCCUGUUCUCAGGCUGGAUCUUAUCUUGUCCUCUCUUUGCCUCAGAGCAGCUGCCGAGCUGGCUUAACUCGCAGACUUGCUGAAGAAGCCUCAGUCCUCUCCGAGCUGCCAGGCGGUGCGGGAGGGCACCGGCGUUGCCCUGGGACCUGUGUUUUGAGUGCGGAAGCUCUUGGUAGCUGAGCGGCAACACGGUUCCUUCUGCUGCGCCGUCCGUAACCAUUUUUGGUGAAAUUACAGAACACGAUUUGGCCGAGUCACGCGGAAGGCGGCGCUGCCGCAGCUUGUGACGCGCUUCUCGCCGCUUUAGCGUUUCGGACGGCGCCUUCGUUCUUGGGGAGCUGUGAGGAGCGGUUCCCCGGGGCGGCGUGCGCGGGCGGAAGAAGCGGUGGCCGUGGAGAAGCGCAGGACCCCGCACCGGUGGGGCUGGACUGGCAGCGCCGGGGCAGAGGAGCUGCCUGGCGCCCUUUCCUCCUUUGCCUGCCUAGAGAAUUAGUUUCACUCGCAAGCGUUCGUUCCCGCCGCGUCUCCCACCCUGUGCAGAGCUUUGCCUCCCACAGAUACCUCGGCCCCAGGCGGAGGCAGCGGUCUGUCUGUCUGUCUGCCCGGACUCUGAGGUGGGCAUUGUGGCUGAAAUCCUUCUCCCGUCUGAAGACUGACGUCCUGGGAUUCUUAUUUCUGACCGUAACCUCUUACCGGAGAGGUGUUGGCCUUGUCCGUGCUUGGUUCCUUACGAUGCUAGAGAACAGCGGGUGUGUGUACAAAUCGAGCGUUUCAGAGGCUUAGACCUGAUUCUUGAUAAGCAAUAUAUAUAUAUUUUUAACGUAGAAGUCUUCAACCCGCUUCCGUCCCAUUCAUGUUUGCAGUCUGACUGCGUCCGUGUGCCCUCGGUGACUCGAAGCAAUACCUUGGACGUUUGUUUACCUUCCCAAAGGGCAGCUAAAAGCCACGGGGUCCGGGUUACGUCGUGUGUCUUGGGUUGUCAGUGGCUGAGUGAAUCGAAGCUCCCUUGCUCCUUCCUGAUUUAAUGUAAUAACGUUAUUCUGGGGUUUUGUUUUUGGUUUUUUUUAUGUCAGAUUUUGUAAGAUGUAUUUUCUAUUUGGCUCAUGAUCUCUUGGCUGGUUGUUUGCUUGAAAUGUUUUGUAGUGUGCCAGGGCAAACACUGCAUUUCAUUCUCGGUUUCAUAAUAAAACUGCUUCUCCAAGGCAA